ACGGCGUCGUCAGGGGAAGCACAGCCAACCCUCAGUUCACUGAAGUGUCACCGAGCCCGGUCUCCUCUGCACAUCAACCGGCAAAAAAAACAGCUAACGGUGGGCAGAAGACUGGCAGCAGGUGAAAUGGAAGAACCUUCGGAACAAAUGAGGCCCCUCUUGAGAACAGGUCUAGAUGAGGAGGCAAUAGUUGACCAUGGGAAGACCAGCUUCACCCCACACACCAACUAUGAAAAGGAGGAUUUGGAAAGUCACAGAGCUGUCUACGUAGGCGUCCAUGUUCCUCUUGGAAGGGAGAGCAAGCGGAGGCAUCGCCACCGAGGACACAAACACCACCGAAAGAAGAAAGAGAGAGACACUGAGGAGGGGAAGGAAGAUGGCAGGGAAUCCCCUUCUUAUGACACACCAUCCCAACGGGUGCAGUUCAUCUUGGGCACAGAGGACGAUGACCUGGAGCAUGUCCCCCACGACCUCUUCACUGAGCUGGACGAGCUCUCUUUCAGAGAUGGCAGUGCCACAGAGUGGAAGGAGACUGCCAGAUGGCUCAAGUUCGAGGAGGAUGUGGAAGAUGGUGGGGAGAGGUGGAGUAAGCCUUAUGUGGCUACACUGUCUCUACACAGUUUAUUUGAACUACGUAGCUGCAUACUCAACGGCACAGUCAUGCUGGAUAUGAGGGCCAACAGUAUAGAGGAAAUUGCCGACAUGCUGAUAGACAGCAUGGUGGCAUCUGGCCAGCUGAAGGAGGACCUGCGUGACAAGGUGCGGGAAGCCAUGCUGAAGAAACACCACCACCAGAAUGAGAGAAAGCUCAGCAAUCGCAUCCCUCUGGUGCGCUCCAUCGCUGACAUAGGCAAGAAACACUCUGACCCACUCUUGCUUGAAAGAAACGGAGAGGGGUUGUCCUCUUCACGUGUCUCUCUCCAAAAGCCAGGGGCACCCUCAUCUGUCUCCAACCUGUCACAGAGACGAGAAUCCAAAGUCUCCAUCCUGCUCAACCAUCUCCUGCCCUCUUCUUCCUCCAACACUGGGCCCUCCCCAGGUCCCUCACCCCUCGCCACCCCUCAAAAUACCCCUGCAUCCUUCAGGUGCUCCUCCCAGAGCCCCCCACGCACCCAUGGGGCAGGCCCCGGCCCUCUAGGCAUCCCAGAGGUGGUGGUAUCGCCUCCCGAGGAUGACGACCCACCUAACUCUGCAGAGGAAGAGGCAGCAUCACAACAGUUCAGCCGGCGAGCAUCCUCGGCAUCCCAGGGCCUCGAGCUGCUGCCCUUAGAAGGACCACUGGUGUCUCCGAACUCUGUACCAAACAACCUGGAUGGUAACAAGGCAAUGGAGAGGAGGCCUUCUAAAGCAGGGGUGGACAUGAAUUUCAUGAAGAAGAUCCCUCCGGGCGCUGAGGCUUCCAAUGUGCUGGUGGGGGAAGUGGACUUCCUGGAGAAGCCUAUAAUAGCCUUUGUACGACUGUCCCCCGCAGUCCUUAUCACUGGCCUCACUGAGGUGCCAGUGCCCACGAGGUUUCUUUUCCUGCUUUUGGGUCCUCAUGGCAAGGGGCCUCAGUACCAUGAGAUUGGCAGAUCCAUGGCCACUCUGAUGACAGAUGAAAUUUUCCAUGAUGUGGCAUACAAGGCGAAAGACAGAACGGAUCUCCUCUCUGGGAUAGAUGAGUUUCUUGAUCAAGUGACUGUCCUGCCUCCUGGAGAAUGGGAUCCCACGAUCCGGAUUGAGCCCCCCAAGAAUGUCCCAUCUCAGCUGAAGAGGAAGAGGCCAUCCCAGCCCAAUGGUACUGCAUCUCCAGCUGGAGAGCUGGAAAAGGAUGACGACCAUGGAGGACCUGAGCUGCAGAGGACUGGGAGGAUAUUUGGAGGUCUGAUCGCGGACAUCAAGAGGAAGAUUCCGUUUUACUGGAGUGACAUCAAAGACUCCUUUAGCCUGCAGUGUCUAGCCUCCAUCCUCUUCCUCUAUUGCGCCUGCAUGUCCCCUGUCAUCACAUUCGGAGGUCUGCUUGGGGAGGCAACGAAAGGCAACAUAAGUGCCAUAGAGUCUCUAUUUGGGGCAUCACUGACAGGAGUGGCAUACUCCGUCUUCGCAGGCCAGCCCCUCACUAUUCUUGGCAGCACAGGGCCCGUUUUAGUGUUUGAGAAGAUCCUCUUCAAGUUUUGCAGUGACUAUAGCCUGUCCUACCUGUCGCUGCGGACCAGCAUCGGUUUGUGGACAGCCUUCCUGUGUAUUAUCCUGGUGGCCACAGAUGCUAGCUCCCUGGUCUGCUAUAUCACUCGGUUCACAGAGGAGGCCUUUGCUGCACUCAUCUGCAUCAUCUUCAUCUACGAGGCUCUAGAGAAGCUCUUUCACCUGGGAGAACACUUCCCUGUCAACAUCCACAACAACUUGGACAACCUGACAUUGUAUUCGUGUCAGUGCUCUCAACCAGUCAAUGCCACGGAUCAGAUCAAGCAGAAGUGGAACGAGACAGGAUACAGCCCAGACUCCAUCCCAUGGAGCCAGCUCAAUGUUUCGAUGUGUAAAACGCUCAAUGGAGAGUUUGUGGGUCCAGCCUGCAGUAACCAUGGACCCUACAUCCCAGAUGUUCUCUUCUGGUCCAUCAUCCUCUUCUUCACCACCUUCUUCUUGUCAUCCUUCCUCAAGCAGUUCAAAACAGAGAGAUACUUCCCCACCAAGGUGCGGUCCACUAUCAGUGACUUUGCUGUGUUUAUAACCAUUAUGAUCAUGGUGUUGGUGGACUAUCUAAUGGGGAUCCCCUCUCCUAAACUCAAUGUCCCUGACCGCUUUGAGCCAACUUCAAAGAACCGAGGCUGGCUGAUAGACCCUUUAGGAGAAAAUCCCUGGUGGACGCUGCUUGUGGCAGCACUUCCUGCCCUGCUCUGCACCAUCCUCAUCUUUAUGGACCAACAGAUCACUGCUGUCAUCAUCAACCGCAAAGAACACAAGCUCAAGAAAGGCUGUGGCUAUCACUUGGACUUGCUGAUAGUGGCGAUAAUGCUGGGUAUUUGCUCCAUUAUGGGCCUGCCGUGGUUUGUGGCUGCAACCGUCCUCUCCAUCUCCCACGUCAACAGCCUGAAGGUGGAAUCUGGCUGCUCCGCUCCAGGAGAACAGCCCAAGUUUCUGGGCAUCCGUGAGCAGCGGGUCACUGGAUUCAUGAUUUUUGUCCUCAUGGGUUGUUCAGUUUUCAUGACCUCAGUGCUCAAGUUUAUUCCUAUGCCAGUGCUGUAUGGAGUCUUUCUCUACAUGGGUGUCUCCUCUCUAAAAGGCAUUCAAUUCUUUGACAGAAUCAAGCUGUUUGGCAUGCCUGCCAAGCACCAGCCUGAUCUGAUUUAUCUACGCUAUGUGCCACUGUGGAAGGUUCAUAUCUUCACCCUGGUGCAGCUCACCUGUCUUGUGGUGCUCUGGGUCAUCAAGGCCUCUGCUGCAGCUGUUGUGUUCCCCAUGAUGGUCCUGGCACUGGUCUUUAUCCGAAAGCUUCUAGACUUUUUCUUCACAAAGAGAGAGUUGAGCUGGCUGGAUGACUUGAUGCCAGAAAGCAAGAAGAAGAAAGAGGAUGACAAGAAAAAGAAAGCACGUAAAGAGCUGGAAGAAGAGUCCAGACUGCAGGAAGAAGAGCAGCUGGGACUGAAGGUCAGCUAUGAAGGCUCAAACCGGCUCAGCAUCCCAGUGAAAGCACUCUCAGGAAGUUCUGAUUCUGACCCCUUGGUUGUAAAUAUCUCUGAUGAAAUGGCCAAAAGCGCGGCGUGGAAAGCGGUGAACUCGAGUGCAGACUCGUGUGCCCAACCUGUGAAGCGUAGCGGAAGCCAGGAGAAGGUGGCCUGCGUUAGAGUCGACGUCAGCCCAGAUUCACCCGGAGGAGUUUCCACUGCGGAGACCUUCCUGUGAUAAAGGAGGGGCCUUCUUUCCCUCCUGACACCGUGUCUCACACAACACUUUACCCUGCUGACGGGCGCCAUCUUAUAGUGGGAAAGGGGGCAUAGAACUGGAGCAGCACAACCUGCCUGCAGUGCUCCCUUCUUCAGGGCAGCAGGCGAGCUCCCCCAAGUCUUGAAGUCCUACAUGUGCAGCGCAUGUACACAUGAUGUACUGUAAAAGCGCACGCCUCCGAGGAAUGAAGGAAUUCUGCUGUUACUUCCCAUUGACCCUCACUGUUAGGAACUCUCUCAAUCUAGCAAUUUGCUAUCACCCAUUUAAACCACAGAUGCCAAAGGAAGGGGCCUCACUGGUAGGGAUCUUGGACUGUGUGUAUUGAAUUUUACUUUUAAUCCAUUGCAUAUUUUAAUUUCAGUUUUACUAUUAUUCCUUAAGCUGGUCGCAGUACUGUACAUUUUUUGGGUAUUUUUUCUCACACACUGCACUGUUUGUCUACAGGUCAGAUUAUGACCUUCCACUGAACUACACCAGCUUCAGAACACAUUCAGUUAAAGCCAUUCAGGUACUGUCAGUGCCAGCUGAUUAUAUUUCAGCAUCAAGCCUGGCACAGUAAAUGACGAAAACCAAAACAGAGGUACAGUCAAAUGAUUACUACUACUAUUACUGCAACUGCUACUACACCACACUACUACUGCAUACAUCAUGGCAGGAUUUGCUUAUGAGUCAUCUCUCCUGUCUCUAGGGGAACACUCAGUAUUGAUAUUGCUGCUCAAAAACUGCUCAGUUGUUUUCACUGUAAACCUCACUUUUCAUAUGUGCUGAUAUAGGAAUAUUAUUGUACGUAUGUCUACUGUGUUAUUUUUCAUUUAUAGUAUUAACGGAUAACCUACUUCAGAGGCCAUAUGAAGUCUGUACUGUACAGUAAAGCACUUUGCCAGUAUAGUUUCUUACCUAAAAUGGAUUAUAGUGUAUUAAUAAAGAGGUUACUUCUCCUCCCACAGUAUCUAUAGAGCUGUUGUUCAAAUGUCAGUUAAAACAACUCAGGAAUCUUGAAGGAUUUCUGACUGUGGUCACUUGAUAUUUUUGUCACGAGGCAGUGAUAAUUAACUGUUCACUGUAUUCCUUUCAUCGCUGGUAUCACAACUAUUUUAAUAAACGCUGUAAAUCAUAAAAUAUAGUCAGGUGCAGAGUAAAAAAAGAGAAUAUUUGUGACCCCAGUUAGUUGCACCUGUUUUUAUACUGUCUGUAUUGUUGGUAAUAGUGUGUGUGGUGUAAAGAUAAUUUGGUAUGUGUUGCAAAUCAUUUUAUGCAAAAUAUUUCUACAGUAAAUGUAAAAAACUAUUAUAUUCUAUGAAGUUGUUCUUAUUUUGCUAAGUGCGGUCCUGUUUUAGCAAUAAGUAUUCCAUAUGUAACGUAUGGAUCCAUGAACCUAGCUUAUAUUCAGGCAAAGAAUAAUUUGUGAAACAAUGUUCGUGUCUGUUUCAUCGGCUCUGUCUGUGUGUAGCUACAGUGACUAUACGGACAAUAGCUUACGUGCCUUGUCAAAGCUCUUUAUGUGCAAGUCUUGUACUGAUAAUUUAAGUGUUCAGAACAGAUGUACAGGUACACACACACGCACACACACACAAUGGCACACGAAUGCCAAAGACGGACCAUCAUCACUUUACGAGAGUGACCCAGUACACCGCUCAUUUGCUGAGGCUUAUGUCUGUUGUAGUGUUCCUCCACGUCUGUGUGAAAGCCGUAGCCUGAGCCACCGACUCAAACGAUGUAACUCAAUUUAUCUUCCAUUCACAAAUGUAACUCUAAAUACUGUUUGUGUGUGUUGUGCUGCCACAGCUCUGGUAUUUGUUCACAACAUAAAAGCUCUGUAAUCAAUAUUGAGGUACUUGUUUUCUGAAUAAUUAGUGAAUGUCCAAUGAUUGUAUUGUCAACAUCAAAAAUGAAGUUUUUGACAUUUUUUCUAAACAAAAAUCUUAAAUUGAGAUUCAGUCUUUGUAAAGUGUCAUUUCGCAGUUAUGUUCCACCGCACAUAUGGACCAUUUGUCAUUAAAAUGUGAGUUGGCUGUAAACUACUUGUAAUUUCAGAAUAUUAGUUUUAUUUUGACCAAAAAAAUGACCCUAUUUUCACAUGACAUGAGACUCGAUUAAGAUAUAUUCGCUUAUAACGGUGGAUCUCUGAGAUGUUACCCUCCAUUAUCACUUCAACAUCAGAGUUGAAAAUGCAUUUGUUCUAGUGUUCAGACACAUAACAUCAGUGAAGCACAUAGCAUCCUGCUGUUAGCUUGAAUGAUGACUUUUCUGUCAUGGCAGAUUGGUGCAAAGCAAUAAAAGUGAAUAUAUGGUGA